UCCUUCCCACUUUGUACGCAGAUGGAUAGAAACAAAUUUUCAAGAGCCUUUGAAAUUCUCGUCCUCCUAUCACUUUUCAUGGCAACCAAUGAACUAUGCAUCGAAACAGAGCGAGAUGCACUUCUGAGACUCAAACAAGAGCUUCAAGACUCAUCAAAUCGUCUCUCAUCCUGGAUGGUUGGAACAGAUUGUUGUCAAUGGGCCGGAAUUCGCUGCGACAACUCGACCGGCCAUGUCGAAGAACUCGACCUUGCAAACACUGAAUUUGAAGACAUGAAUUCUUUCGAAAGCCACAAGUUAAAGGGAAACUUAAGCGACUCCAUCUUGAAUUUGAAGCAUAUAACGCAUAUUGAUCUUAGUUAUAAUGACUUUGAAGGGAGACAGAUUCCAAGCUUCUUGGGGUCACUUGUAAGUUUGAAGUAUCUCAACCUCACAAGUUCAGGAUUUCAAGGAUUGAUACCUCAUCAACUUGGAAAUCUAUCAAACUUGCAACAACUGAGUUUGCGAGGUAAAUUGUUGUACAGUGAAGAUCUUCAAUGGCUUCAAGGGCUUCCUUCGUUGUUGAGCUUGGAUUUGAGCCACACAAAUCUCAGUAAAGCUACAAAUUGGUUGUUGGAGAUCAACAAGCUUCCUUGUUUGGUGGAAUUGCAUUUGUCCAAUUGUGAGCUGAAUCAUAUCACUCAUUUGAGCCAUGUAAAUUUCACUACUUCUCUCUCCAUUUUGGAUGUUUCAUCAAACCAUUUCAAUUCAUUCAUACCCAAAUGGAUAUUCAGCCUUGCUAAUCUUGUUUCACUUGAUCUUAGUGGUAGUGAUUUCCAUGGUCCUCUUCCUAGAGGUUUUUCAAACUUGACAUCCCUUCAAACCCUCAACAUAGCCUCUAACAACUUAAAUUCUUCACUACCAAAUUGUUUGUUUAGUAUUUCCACAAUUUCUUCUUUAGAUCUCUUAGAUAAUUACUUUGAAGGUCCAAUUUCAUGUGAUUUUGGAAACUUGUCAGCUCUUACAUAUCUCGAUCUUUCUUUCAAUGAUUUCAAUUCCAGUACCAUACCCAGUUGCUUAUAUUCUCUCCAUAAUCUUCAAUAUUUUCACCUUUCAUAUCUUGGCUUUCAAGGGAAGAUCUCACGUCGCAUUGCCAAUCUUACCAAUUUGGUUUCUCUUGACCUUUCAUACAAUGAAUUCAAUGGCAGCAUACCAAGAUCAAUAGGAACUCUUUGCAGCUUGAGGUUCAUUUCUUUGCAGCAAAACAAAUUUAGCCACGAAUUAUCCGAAUUACUCGACAACUUUUCGGGUUGCGUUAAGGAUAGUUUGAUUUUUUUGAAUUUACGGAGCAGUAACAUUUCGGGUCGUUUUACAAAUCAUAUUGCUAAUAUGAGAAAUCUGCAAACUCUUUACCUUCAGAGUAACUCCAUUUUUGGCCCAAUUCCAGAAUCAAUAGGAAAUUUGUCUUCAUUGGAGCUUAUAGAUCUGUCUCACAAUGAAAUAAAUGAAACUCUUCCAAAAAGCAUGGGAUCUUUGUCGAGUUUACAAGUACUGAAAAUUUCUUAUAAUCGCAUGGAAGGCAUUAUAUCGGAGGUUCACUUUGCCAAUCUCAUGAAUCUAAGAUAUUUAGAUAUGUCUGGAAACAAUUUGACAUUAGUUUUCCUGGUUGGGUGGAUUCCUCCUUUUAAUCUUACACAAAUAAGGUUAAGAUCUUGCCACGUAGGUCCCAAAUUUCCAAAAUGGCUCAAAUCACAAAACAGUGUUGAUAGUAUUGACCUAUCUAAUACUGGAAUUUCAGACACUGUUCCAAAUUGGUUUUGGAACUUGUCUACAACAUAUUCAUUCUUGAAUCUCUCUCAUAAUCAACUGUCGGGUAGAAUUCAAAAUAUCGUUCUUAAUAUUAAAUUUGUGUACCUUGGUUCUAAUAAAUUUCAUGGCAACCUGCCUCGAAUAUCUGCUAGAGUUUUGGAGCUUGAUCUUUCCAACAAUUCAUUCUCUGGAGACAUUUCUCAAAUCCUAUGUCGUUUUAAGAGAACUCAUAAUGAAUUGAACAUUCUUCAUCUUGAGAACAAUCUUUUAUCUGGCAACAUUCCUGAUUGUUGGAGGAAAUGGAAUUCCUUAAAGAUUGUGAAAUUGGGUAACAAUAACUUGUCUGGCAAGCUACCAAGUUCUAUGGGUUCUCUCAGCAACCUACAAUCAUUGCAUCUACGCAACAACAAUCUUGUGGGAGAAAUUUCUCAAUCCUUUGAAAAUUGCUUGGAAUUGAUAAUAUUAGAUCUCAGCUUCAAUGCAUUUCAUGGAAGCAUACCAGCAUGGAUUGGGACAAAUCUUUCCAAACUUGUUGUUCUUAUGCUUCGAUCCAAUCAGUUGAGUGGUUUAAUCCCAAAUGAACUUUGUCAUCUCUCGUUUCUUCAAAUCAUGGACGUUGGGAUUAACAACUUAAUUGGGUCCAUACCACAUUGUUUUGGCAAUUUUACAGCCAUGGCUAUCAAGAUGCGUUUCUUUAAAGACAUCUCGUAUGUUGUUGGUGAUUAUCGCGGUGAAUUGUUGGAGAAGGCAUAUGUAAUGACCAAAGGAAGAGAGUUUGAAUACGACAGUAUCCUUGGCCUCGUGACGAGCAUGGACCUUUCAAACAACAACCUAUCGGGAGAAGUCCCUCGAGAAAUCACCAAACUCGUUGUAUUGAGAUCUUUGAAUCUCUCGAGAAAUCAUCUCAGAGGAAGUAUUCCACGAGAGAUUGGAAGCAUGAAAGACUUAGAAUCUCUCGAUCUUUCAAGAAACCAACUCUCAGGGCAGAUACCACCAAGCAUGUCGGAGUUGACGUUCUUAAAUUACUUGAACUUGACUUACAACAACUUGACAGGUCCCAUACCAAGCAGCACACAACUGCAAGGCUUGGAUCCGUCCAGCUUCGUAGGAAAUGAGUUAUGUGGACUACCGUUGACGAACAGUUGUCGAGAGGAAGGGACGAAACAAGAAAGAAAAAACGGAGAUGCAAAGGAAGAUGAUGAAGAUUAUAUUGACAACUGGUUUUAUCUAAGUUUGGCAAAUGGUUUCGUGGUUGGGUUUUGGGGGAUUUGGGGUCCAUUGUUGAUUAGUAAGACUUGGAGACAUGCCUAUUUUAGGCACUUGACCACCCUGUGGCGAAAAUUGUGUUGAUACUAUGUGUUUUGUUGCAAAUAGUGUGUCUUAUUAAUUACUUUUGAAAUAUUUUCAUCCAAGUAAUAAUGAACAAACUAUAUGUAUUUGUGAUCAUGUAAAAUGUGAAUAAAGUGUUUUCAAAAUA